AUUUCACUCUCAGAGUUCUGAAAUUUCAUUUUUUUUUGUGGUAGACUACUGAAAGACAAGGCAUAGUGACAAGGCAAGGGUCAAAAAUUAAGAAAAAGACAAAUGUUUACUACGUCACUAGUUCGGCAAAAAAUUUAAAUUAGAAAAAAAAUGUUUUUCAAGAAAUAUAUAUUUUCGGUAUUUCUGCUUUCUUUAGAUAUAGUAAAAGCACAAUGGAAUACCAGAGAUUUCCUAAAGAGAGAACACUCUUUAAUAAAACCUUAUUAUGGGUCGGGAAUAGAUAUACCUAAUUGGCAAUUCACUGGUCAUACGAUGGUUACUCCAAAUUAUAUUCGAUUAGUAGAUGAUACACAAAGUAAAAGAGGUGCUAUUUGGAACACUCUGCCUGUGAGUAGCAAAAAUUGGGAUUUACAAGUUCACUUCAAAGUCCAUGGAAAAGGAAAAGAUUUGUUUGGCGAUGGUUUUGCCAUUUGGUACACUAAAGACUUUAUGGAGGAAGGCGACGUUUUUGGAAGCAAAGAUUUAUUCCAAGGGUUAGCUAUUAUAUUGGAUACUUACAGCAACCAUAAUGGUCCCCACAAUCAUCAACAUCCUUACAUUUCUGCAAUGGUUAAUAAUGGAUCGCUCUCUUAUGAUCACGACAGAGAUGGUACUCAUACCCAGUUAGCAGGAUGUGAAGCCAAGUUCCGCAAUCUAAAUCACGAUACCCAUAUAUCAAUUAGAUAUGAAAAAGAUGUACUAACAGUUUCCACCGAUAUAGAAAACAAAGCAGCCUGGAAGGAAUGUUUUCAAGUCCAGGGCGUGAGGCUACCAACUGGCUACCAUAUUGGAAUCUCUGCCACAACUGGAGAUUUAUCUGAUAACCAUGACAUCAUGUCCAUUAGGUUAUUUGAAUUGGACUUACCCGAUGACCCUGAAAACGCCGAGGAUAGGUCGAAUAUAAUCCCCUCUGCAGCUUUCUUCGAACCGCCUCGCGAUCAUGUGGAAGAUCCAAAACCGUCUUCACUCUCCGGCAUCAAAAUAUUUUUACUGAUGCUACUGGGAAGUGUAGCGAUCGUAGCUUGUGUUGUGUUGGGUAUUAUGUUUUACCAAAAACAACAGGAGAAGAGCAGAAAGCGGUUUUAUUAGUUUGUGCAAUAGGCAUCUAAAAUAAUCAUUCUAUUGCUAUCAAGUUUGUUCAGGUGGACCACUUUCUGUCUCUAUUUCGUUGGUCCCCAUAAACUGGGUAUGGUUUUCAAUUGUUAUAUGUAUUUCAUGUACAAUCUUUAAGCACAUGAAAAAUCCUAUCACAACUGUCGUUGAAGAAAUGAUACCGUUUUUCAUGUGUUUGAACUACCCAUGAUUCUCCUAAUUAUGUGGUUAUAUUGACUGAUAUUUUUUUGUAUUGAAUCGAGUUGUGUUUUCUCGUUCAUCAUAAUCGGUGUUUGUCUCAAAAUCAAGUCUAUAAAAUCCAGAAAAGUACUUUGUGCCAAAGUUAAAAGCUCAUUUUUUCUUGAAUUCACUGAAAUGCAUGUAUUUUUCAAUUUUAACUUAUUUUCUUGUUAUAACUACUAUGUGUUGUGAUAUUUUGCAUCCAAGUUAUAUUCAUUAUCAAAAGAUGAAGAGAGAACACAAUAAUAGGCCAUUUUAGUCGUAGUUUAAAAUUUAUAUUCAUUGUACAAUGAAAAAACAAUGCAUAAUUUAGUCAUCACAUCACUAAGAAAAUGUUUUUGUGACUCUUAACUUUAAAUGGAUGUUGAAAUGACCAAAUCCUUAAUUUAUAUCAAUUUGUAUACAAAUAAUAGCUUAGCUCUCAACAGAAAAUUUAAAAAUAUCCAAUUUGUUCAAAAUGGCAAUUCGUCAAAAUAAACAUUUUUUCCACUUGGAUAUUAACAAUUUUCUUCAUUUAUUGUUUUAUAGAACAUAAAGCAGGAUAGGUGAAUGAUGUACGCUUUAAAUAAGAGUAUUGAUUUAUUUUCACGACAGGACACUUAUUUUAAAAACAUUUCAUCCAGGGUUCUGUGUACUCAUCUGAUAUGACUGACAUAGUUGAAGUGCGAAAGGAAACUUUGGCAGUAUUGUAAUUUGUAAAAUAAUCGUGAACUGAAAUACACAGAACGACAUUCAGUUAUCCAAAGAUACAUGAAUUUUUAUAUGGUAUACAGUUUUUAAAAUAAAAAUGUGAUUUGUAAAUAAAAAUAAAGACUUUUUAAGUAUA